GCGUCUCCUCUCGCGUCCCCGUCUUCCUCUUGUGAUCUUGUCGCCUGCCUCUGCGGCUCUGCCUGCCUCUCUCGAAGCUUCUCGCGUCUCCUGGGUGGCCGUGUCCAGUCUCCCACGCCACCGCCCCGACCGCCGGUAGGUAAUUCCAGUUCCAAGAGCACUCGACAUGGCGGCCGCUAAUGUUGGGGAAUCAACAAGCGGCGGCAGCAGCAGCAGCGGCGCCGACGCCGGGGGCGGAUUCGAGUGCAACAUAUGCUUCGAGCUGCCGCAGGAGCCGAUCGUGACGCUGUGCGGGCACCUCUUCUGCUGGCCGUGCCUCUACAAGUGGCUGCGCAUCCACUCGCACUCGCCCGAGUGCCCGGUGUGCAAGGCCGUGGUCGAGGAGGAGAAGCUCGUGCCCCUGUACGGCCGCGGCAAGGACCGCGUCGACCCGAGGUCCAAGAACGUCCCCGGGGCGGCCGACAUCCCCAGCCGUCCGGCUGGGCAGAGGCCGGCCACGGCUCCGCAGGCGGACCCCAACAACGCCCACUUCCCCAACGCCGCCAACCCGGCGAACCCGUGGUUCAUGGGCGGCGGCGGCGGAGGCAUCCCGCUGGCCAACGCGCGCUGGGGGAACUACACCUUCUCGGCGGCGUUCGGUGGGCUGUUCCCGCUGCUCAGCUUCCAGGUGCACGGGUUCCCGGACGCCACGGCCUAUGGCCAGCCAGCUGGGUUCCCGUACGGGUACGGCCACGGCCACGCUUUUCAUGGCGGGCACGCUGGAGCACAUGCCCACGCCGCAGCUGCAGCUCCUCGGCACGCGCAGCACCAGCAGCAGCAGGCGGAUGUGUACCUUAAGGCGCUGCUCAUCCUAGUCGGCGUUCUGGUUAUCGCGAGCCUCGUCACGUUCUAGGGCGUCGCCUGUUGGUAGGUGUUCAUCAUAUUGUUGCUGCCUUGCUGGUAAUAAAUAAGAGAGAGAGACAGAGACAACACGACCGAAACUGAAUUAUUCAGAGCGGUGCAAUGUGUUGAUAGAAGGGUUGUUGUUGUACAUGCUGAUACAUGAUUGUAUACUGUGGUCUUUGAACAUACAUUAUUAUCGAAUAAUAAUCUGGAGGCUCUGUUUGAAGUAA